AUGGAGCUGAAACGUGCGGUUGAAGAAGACGUCAAUGUUAUCUAUGGAAAAGUUCCUCCAGUGUGGGCUUGCCGCACGGUCGCUUCUCUUGUUGAUCCGGCUAAGGCAGUAUUCAAAAGUAUACCGCAAUCUAGAAGUGCUGUUCUUCAUUAUCUGGGCUUAUUAACUCACGAAUCUGUCUACUUGUACUUUAAUGCGAAAGGAAAACCCCAUCUUGGUAGCCUUCUUAAAGAUUAUUUUGGCUUGAAUUAUUCUAGCGUUAUAGGAACUGACAUUGGUAAUAGUGAGAAAGCUGUGGAGAUCUUGUCAGCGGAAAUAAUAGACUUCUUGAACUCAACAAAUCUGAAAAGUGCCGCUUUGGAGAUAUUUAAGUUUGGGUGUAGCCUUUUUGUCGAGAUAUGCCAGUUCAAUUACAAACACUUAAUCGUCAAGCAAGCUGGAAGGGCAACGCCAGUUGUGUUGUUGCCUUUGUUCGAAAGCUGUCCUGCUAUUAGCAGUGUGAUGAGAUUGGUCGAUACUGCAAAUUUAAUGCUGUUAAGAAUUGAUCCUGAACUUUGCCUAAGCAUCAUUUUGGACAUCUCAAGACAUGGAUUCAGUUUUGACUGGGUUUGGUUGCAUAUAGCGUAUGUAUUUUUGAAUGCGUCAAAAUUUUCGGCUUAUAUUAUACCUCACAUUCUCAAGGUUGGCGCAAAUGAUUUCAGACAGUAUGUGUUGGAAGUUCACAAGCAGCAAGAGAACAAUCCUGUUGCUGUAGUAGAAAUGCAUGAAACCCAUCGUCAUAAAUUUCUUUCUUUAUCGGAGGUUUUCAAUUUCCUCUCUUCUAAAGGUUUCGCAGAACUCGAAAGUGUCACUCGUGAAGCACUAGUCAAAGGUAUGGAAGCGUUAGAAGAUGCAGAAGACGGUGAUAAACUGAUAUCGGAAACAGCGGACUUCACCCUUGCUUUUUUGUUCAAACUUCUAACGAAUUCUGCAGAUGUGUUAAGAUAUCUUGUAGAACAUGCGUUCGAUAUUGUGACUUCGGCCGGAGUGAUGAAUGUCGCGAAACAACUUGCUCUCAUCAAUAAACAGUGUGUUUUACCAAAUUUGCGCAACAUGGACAGUUACAACGCUUUUUUUCAGCAGAUGGUAUUUGCAGUUAAAGGGCCUGCUUUGACAAGAAUAUUUGAGUUAGCAUAUCCAUUCGCAUUUGACGAGCGUGUUUAUGAAGAGGCAUCAAGAGAGAACAGAUCGCUUUGUGACGCUAUGAAGGAUGGUGCGUUUGCUAUUCUAGAGGAAAUUGUCGGGACGUUGUUAAUAACAAUACAUGAUCAGGUCCUGUUUAAUAUAACGGAAUGUGGUAUCCUGAUGAGGUUAGGGUGUGAUACGAAAAAACUUGACGAAUGCAUAUCUGGAGCUUUGGUUGCUGGUCCUCGUGCCCCAUUCUUUAUUCGAUACUUACACGCUUUUUGUCUGGUAGCUGGUCCUGCGAAGUCUUGGGAAGUGGUAGCACGUUUCAUCAUUAAAGCUGAAGACGAGGAGCAGGUGGGGUUUAAUUUUUUGCUCUACUCUAUCCAAUUACUGUUUAUGGUUUUUUUUUUAGAUUUUGAGCUUAUCUGCGCUACUGACCACUAUUAUGCCGUUUCAUCGAAAGAUAAUACGUCAGAACCUGAGCUUCUGGAUUAUGCAGUUGAUGUUCGAUGGAUUGAAAACUUAAGGAUAUUAAAUGAAUGGAGCAAGCUAGCUAAAGAACAUCAUCCUGUGAAAAUCACACGAUUUAUUGAUUACUUUCAAGCUGUACUAUUUUAUAGGUUUGAAAUGGGCAAAAAUGCAGGUCAGCUUUUGUGUGACGCUCUAAGAUUUACGAUUGACGAACUUUACAGAAUGCGAGAAGUUAAAAAAAGAAAGGAUUCACUUGAUUAUGAAAGCAACAAGAUAACUAUUAUCAACGCUGUCUGCGGCUUGGCUCACUCCUUAACACCAAUGCCUGUUCAGCCCCCGAAGUACACCUUCAAAAUGUGCGCUCAGUUUGCUUCACUGUUCGUUGAACUUCUGAAAGAUGUUGGAGAUGUGAUGCAGUCGGCUGCUUUGUCGCUUUUCAACAACACUUGUGCAGCAAUAACAGAUGUUUUACGUUGCCAGUUACUGUAUAUUAGGGAACAGUUCAUCAUUCAUUUGCUCGAUGAAGUUUUGGCUCAAGCAGAUAGUUUGUUUGGAGGAGGGUCUUUAAAUGUAUGGGAAACCGAAGAAAAUUUUGCAAGCGGUUGUGCAAAGAGCAAUCUUCCACAGUAUUGUUCUUCCUUUGAUACUGAAUAUGAAUCACUUUUUGAUCAAGCUCGCAAGAUACCACUGUCGUCUUUAAAGCCUUCACAGAUGGCACAUUCUGGGAAAAUUGGGAAAGGGGCGAGAAAGAAACAGGAAUCGAGAUUUAAGGCUUUAACUUUAUCGGACCGCAUAUGCAAAGACGCGCUAACAAAUGGCUUUGUCUGGGACGACUGGGAGUUUGAACGUGAGUCGACGCCACGGUUAGCCUUUCUAUGCCUCUUAUUUCUUGGAGGAAUGUUCAGAUAUAUUGCGGUUGCCAAACGAGUGGCUGAAAUUCCAGUGGUAUGGGAUAUUAUGUUUGCACUAGCAGAUGUUCAUCCGUGCUUAUGGUUCUGUUUCCCAAUAAUGAAGGCCAUAUUCGCAUCUGUACUUAUCCAGUUUGAAAAUAAUUCCGAUCAAAAAGCGAAACCAUCUAAAGAAAUAUUACAUCUUCUGCACAAGUGGUGCACAUUGGGAUUCAAAGGUAAAAUGCUGCCUGCAAGUUUAGCGAAAGUAUUCGACGUAGUUGUCGAAGUGAAACACCGAGAAGGCUUUGUUAUAUUAUUAGAAGUUUGGAAAUAUUUUGCUGUUUUGCUAAAUGAAGAUAACUCUCAUCCGGUUGCCAUACUUAAUAGUCUGUUUGACAGAGCAACAAAUGGAGCGAAAGAGCCACUUCAGGUGGACUGUUCGCGUUUCAAAGACAUGUGUCGGGUUGUUAUUCAGAGAAAUAUCGACAGGCUGGGUUACAUUUUUCCUUCUGUUUUUGCAGAGGAAAUAUCCAAAUUGGCUAUUCAGUAA